CCGCGGGCCGGAAGCCGCUGUGAGGGGCCGGGGCGGGCGGCGAUGGCGGCGCCGGGCGGGCGCGUCCCGCUUGUGUGCGGGCACUGCUGAUCGCCAAGGUGCAUCCUGCGGGGAUCCUUMCUUUGGUGUUGCCUGAUCAGUGACUUCUUUAAAUACACUCUAGCAGCGGUCACUCAGAACUGACAAACUUCAAGUGCAGGAGGRAAGAUGACAUCCUUGGAUGUACCACAGAAGGAAAUGCAUAAAUUGGCCUUGGAUACACCACAGAAGGAAAUGUGUAAACUGACCUUGGAUGCACCGCAGAAGACAAUCAGUAACCCGAUCAUUCCAUAUGUUGGGACAAUACAUGGUGGCCUUGUUCCUGGAGAGCUGAUUGUGAUACAUGGGACUGUUCCUGACGAUGCUGACAGGUUCCAGGUGGAUUUACAGUGUGGCAGCAGCAUAAAGCCUCGAGCUGAUGUGGCAUUCCAUUUCAACCCCCGCUUCAAAAGGUCUGGGUGCAUUGUUUGCAAUACACUGGAGAGGGAAAAGUGGGGCUGGGAGGAGAUCACUUAUGAGAUGCCCUUUGAAAAAGGAAAGUCAUUCGAGAUUGUCAUSAUGAUUUUAAAGGAUAAAUUUCAGGUGACUGUAAACAAAAAGCACUUGCUGCUCUACAACCACAGAAUUAGCCUUGAAAAAGUAGAUACCCUUGGAAUAUAUGGCAAAGUGCAGAUCAARACCAUAGAGUUUGUUUCAAAGUCUUUACAAGGCUCUCAGCCAUCAUCUCUAGGAGUAGCAAAGAUAAGCACAGAAAACGGGGAAAUGCCAAAUGGUUCACAAUUGGGUGUUCCUUAUGUUGGGAAACUUGAUACUGCACUUCAUCCAGGAUGCACAAUUGCCAUUAAAGGAGAAGUGAAUAAAAACCCAAAGAGCUUUGCAAUAAAUCUGAGGCCAAGUGACUCAAAGGACAUUGCUUUACAUCUUAAUCCCCGAAUGAAAAAUAAAGUUUUUGUAAGAAACUCCUAUCUUCAUGACAGCUGGGGAGAAGAAGAAAAGGAAGUUUCUAACUUCCCUUUCAGUCCAGGGAUGUACUUUGAGCUGAUUAUUUUCUGUGAUGCCUACCAGUUCAAAGUYGCAAUUAAUGGUGUUCACACUCUGGAGUACAAACAUCGUUUUAAACAGCUUGAAAAGAUCAAUUUAGUGGAGGUGACGGGAGAUGUUCACUUGUUAGAUGUGAGGAGCUGGUAGUUCUUUUCCAUCCAGUACUUAAAGAAUUUAACCUCUUCUAAUGACAGUGCCUCCUUGUCCAGUACAAACAGGUGCUGACUCAUGCUGAGCCUGCCUUUAAUCUAUAGGCUUUUGCAUUUGCCUCUCUGAGUUAGGCAAGUACCAGAAAUGCUAACUGCGAGAUCAAAUCUUUCUCUAGUUUACAGUUUCCUGGCAAGCUAAGUAAGUGUUUGCUCAGAUAAAUCUCCUGUAUUACUGAACCUAGCAAUAUGAAAAUGCUGCAUAAUACUGUGUCUAACAAUUGCACUCUGUAUGAUUAAGUUAAACUACCAUUUGGCAUUCCUCAAUACCAUACAUUCGUUAUUGUGAAGUAGAAAUGAGACUGAAAUAGGAUCCAAAGAUAACAGUUAUCSACCUCAAAAGGGAUGUUUAGGAUUUAUUUAAGAUAAAACUAUGGAUUAUUAUUUUCUAUGUCUUAAUUUAUGUUAGCACCUAUAACAGGUCUUUACAGUGAGGCUUGAUUAAGCAAAUAGUUGAUCCACUACUUCUGGCAAAAGGUAGGAGUUGUUUGGUCUUUUUAGCCUGUUGCUGCAAUAGUACCUUCUCUGACACUCAYGGUCAYRUCACUUC